UCGAAAAUUCAUAUUUUGCUUUUCAUUGGUUGAGUUCUUCCCGAAUCGCGCCACUUCCCGAAUCUCAAAGCCCACGAUGCUCCUCAAAACUUCGACACCUCUCCAUCUCCUCCUCCUCCUCCGUCUCCGGCGCUCCCUCUCCGCCGUCGCCGUCGCCACCUCCACCGCCUCCGCCCACGCUCUUCCUUCUCCCCAAGAGAACCCCUACGGCCUCAUGAAGAACGACGCCAUUGAUACCCUCUCGAAGCUCUGGGUUCGCUCCUUCUCCCACCCCUCUUCCUCGUUCCCCAACCUCUCCGGCUUCCUCAGCGACUUCGAUCUCUGGAUCCUCGCGUACCAGCGCUCCUGCGCCCACUUCACCGGCUCCUUCCCCCCGACCGCCGCCAUCCAACUCCCCCACCUCCGUUCCCUCCUCUCCCUCCGCCUCGCCGUCAUCUCUCGCCCUCGCUCCUUCACUUGGGGUGCCGCCACCAACCUCCUCCUACGAUCGCCCGCCGAUCCCCCCUCCACUCGCCCUUUGUCCCGCCGUAAGCUCCACGCCCUCCUCUCCUCCGCCCCUCCUCCCUUCCAGGACCGCGUCGUUCAGGAGCUUCUCCUUCUCUUCCUGGAACCCCUCUUUGAGCCCAAGUUCUCUCCCAAGUCCCACGCUUUCCGCCCCGGCCGCAAUGCUCACACUCUCCUCCGCACUAUCCGCUCCCACUUUGCUGGCUAUCUCUGGUUCCUCAAGGCCGACCUCAGUCACGUCAGUGAUAAUUUCAGCCCCGAUAUCAUCGUUGGAUGCUUGGAGAAGGUCGUCAAGGACAAGAAGGUCCUCAGCCUGAUCAAAUCCGCUCUCAAGACUCCCGUAAGAGCCGGAACUCAGGAUGCAGACAAGGUGUUUGAUAAAUUGACCAAGAAGAGGUUGAAGAGAAAGGUGAUGAGGAUGUGCAGAAAAAAGAAGGUUUUGAAGGAUAAUGAGCCGAAACCGGACCCUUACUGGCUUAGGACAUUCUUUAGCUUUGCUCCGGAGGAAGCUGCCAAUGUGCCCAACUAUGCUCAUUGUGGGAUUUUGAGCCCAUUGCUUGCCAAUGUAUGCCUGAAUGAAUUGGAUCAAUGGCUGGAGGAUAGGAUGGAUAAGUAUUUUAGGCCAUCAAAACUGGAUUCUAUAUGGAGGGAGUCUGCUGAUGAUGGUUGCCAUAAUCCUGCUUGGCCGGAAUUUGUGCCAUCUAGUGGAAGGGAGAAGACUAGGAGGAUGGAUUUUGUCCGGUAUGGUUCCCAUGUUUUGAUUGGAAUUCGAGGACCCAGAGAGGAUGCUGUUGAGAUCAGGAAGGAGAUUAUGGACUUCUGUGAGACUAAAUUUGGGAUUAGACUUGAGAAUUCAAAGAUUGAGAUUGAACACAUUACAAGGGGAAUUGAGUUCUUGGAUCAUGUGAUAUGCCGGAGAGUGAUACAUCCCACUCUUCGAUACACAGCAACAGGUGGGAAGAUUGUGAGUGAGAAAGGGAUCGGGACAGUUCUCUCUGUGACCGCAAGCAUGCAACGGUGCAUGAAACAGUUCAGAAAGCUCGAACUUCUCAAGGGAGAUAACGAUCCAGAGCCAUUGCCAUGUACACCAAUGCUUUACUCGGGCCAGGCUCAUACCAAUGCCCAGAUGAACAAAUUCCUCGAGACUAUGGCAGAUUGGUAUAGAUAUGCAGAUAAUCGCAAGAAAGUUGUCGGCUUUUGUGCAUAUGUAAUAAGAAGCUCUCUUGCUAAGCUUUAUGCUGCAAGAUAUAGACUGAAAUCUCGUGCCAAAGUAUAUAAGAUCGCUUCCCGUGAUCUGAGCAAACCUUUGAAUGAGGUUACUAGGAAUGAUGCUCCAGAGUAUUCUGAUCUUUUGAGAAUGGGACUGGUUGAUGCUAUCGAUGGUGUUCGAUUCUCACAUAUGUCUUUGAUUCCAUCAUGUGAUUACACUCCAUUUCCUAGAAACUGGAUACCACACCAUGAAAUGGUUUUGCAAGAGUAUAUCAAAUUGCAAGAUCCAAAGUUCUUUUAUCAACUCUACAAGUCUGUCAAACAGCAGGAUUUGAAUCCACCUCAAGAGGAUAUAUCAAAAACCGUGUGGGAUUAUAAGGUUCGUGGUGUUCAUGGGACUAAAUCCCUUGAGAAUUUAAAGCAACCUGCAAGUUCUGUUAAGUUGAACAGCAAUAGUGAACUUCUAUGACCAUUUAAGUAAGCUUUACAUGAACUAUAAGAAUUUGUUCAUUCCUCUGCCCAUUUGUAUGGGUAUAUAGUAACAACUAACAACUUUGAUUGGAGAUGUAGCUUUGGGGUCCUGAGCUCAAGCUAUAUAUAUAUAUAUAUUUUUUUGGUUCUCUCUGUUUGUCUUUGCAUUGGCUCAAACCAUGUUUGGAUGAGCUUGGAACCAGAGAUGAGAAUCAUGCCUUGAUGUUGUUGAUCUAAUGAUCCAUCAAAGCAAAACGAGACUAGGAACGGUUUGAUCCGAGUGAUAGAUGCUUGAAUUGCUUAAGCAAAUCACACAAAGUUCAGGUGUGCGCAUGGCUGAAAAAUUAAUGUUUGGCCAUCCAUCUUCACUCAAUGACACAAUUUAGAUGGCAAGUCUGCAUCCAUAACUGAUA